AAGCUGUGAAGUCUUAAGUUUCUGAAAUUUAAGACACAAAAAUGGCAUAAAAUACAUUGAAGUUUUGUCUGAGAAUUGACAAUUGACGUAAAUAUUUGCGUUUAGUGUUGGCAGGAAAUGACGCGUCAGUGCUAAGCGUUGUUAUGUGCAGCUCGUAUUAUGCUCCGACGAGGAACAGAGGAUUUACGCCGUGGUAGAUUUGGUCUUAAAUAGUCACAUAUACAUCUGUUAUUUUUCUUUCUCGUGUAACACUUUGGAUCCAGCACUAAUUAAUUUCUAUCCAAGACCAGUUGAAAGCACGGGUAGUUUCUUGUCAGCCAAAAAAUGUGUCGCUGUCGUCUGGCUAACUGCUCAGGUUGUCCUCUCAGUUUGAACAGCUAGCUACCAACAGCCUCCACGCGAAGCCUCUUGACAACAUCACUGGCAACCACAAAUAUGCAGAAGACAUGACCAUUAAGCGGACAUCCUUAUCCUUUUGUCAGUGAACGUGUCUGACAUUUAUCUCCUCCGUGUUGAUUGUUCAUCUCGACUAAAUGAAUUUCCUGCGCAAUCGUCUCGUUGUCCUGGGCCUGGUGCUGUUGGCCACGUUACUGCUGUACCUGCUGCUGCCAUCCAUACGUCAGGGCAGCAUGGAGCCAUCUCUUGAGGCUCAAAGAAUGGGGCUGAUGGCCACCUCUCCUCCUCCGCUUCCAACCAUCAACGUGUCCAUUCGCACCGGGCAGCUACCAGGGGACCCUCCACUGUUCUUCAGAGAAGCCUUGCCUGUUGAUGGGGCUGGACGACAGAUAUUGCCGAGGCUGCAAGUGGUCCUUCUGCAUGGCCAGGCCUUCACAUCUAAAACCUGGGAAGAACUUGGCACAAUGGCCCUUCUGGCAACUAACGGCUAUCAGGCCUUGGCGAUGGACCUGCCAGGGUAUGGAAAAUCUCCAGACUCAGAGGCUCUGAAGACAGACCAGAAUCGGGUGGACCUCCUCUCAAGGUUCAUGGAGUCUUUGGGUGUCAGGGCAGCUGUGCUCUUGAGCCCCUCCAUGAGUGGACAUUACUCCAUCCCCUUCCUCAUGAAGAACAACGCUCAGCUGCAUGGCUUCGUCCCCAUUGCACCCGUUGGUACCCGAAGUUACACUCCACAGCAGUACCAAAAUAUUCCGACUCCCACUUUGAUCGUGUAUGGAGCCCUGGACACAAAUCUGGGUGCCCAGUCCCACAAAAACCUUAUUCAGCUUCCACAUCACUUUGUGCUAAAGUUAGAAGGAGCCCGCCACGCCUGCUACAUGGACAAACCUAGAGAAUUUCACCAAGGAUUGAUCGAGUUCCUAAGCAAACUGAAGUGAAGACGUGUGGCGGAGGAAGAGGAAGGAGACCGGUGGAAGUAAAAGAAAGAAGAGAAAAUACAUAGAGGAAGACAAGUCGUCUUAUCAGCAGUUUAGCGUGGUGACAUUUUUGCUAAAAGGCACCAAGAUCAGCAUUAUUCCCAUAUCAUCACCUGACGCAAAGAAAUUUGACAUGGGUGUAGGUUUUAAUAAAUGGAAAAUGGCAUGUAAAAUCUUGUAGUAUCAGUUAACAAUAUUUCAGAUGUUUCCAUUAUGUACGCAUUACUUUGUUCAUCUUCCUGUAGUGUAAAAAUGCAAGACUUCUUCACCUCGGCUUGUUUUGAAAAUAGCUUCCGACUUGUAUCGUGGUGGGUUUUGUUUCAUGUGGUUCAUGUCUCUCUUUGCAUGUAAAAACAUGGAAUGUGUUUGCAUCAUCGUUACCAUUUUUGUAGGUGACAUGUAGGUUACUGUAAAUAUGCAAAUGUAGCAGCUGCCCGUGUUUAAUUAGCUUCUGUUCGCUUCACAUUUGACCAACAGAUUUGUAUAUGAGGCUCUAAUAACUGUUCCAGCUUCCAAGGAAAUACACCAUUCUCAACAAAAGCAAACAGCAGAUACACGCUGUAAUAAACACUGUAUUAAAAAGGAUGUCGACCAUACAGAAUAAUGCGUUAAAAGCUCACAUUUAUUUAUAAUGAUGAUAAAGUUGUAUUUAAUAUAUUUGCAGUAAGUUUGGACAAUCAUGCCAAAACAAACUUAGAAUAAGAUUUAUGCAGAGCUUAAAAUAAAAGCAAAAAUAUUC